AUGGAAACCUCAACAGCAGUCAAGCUGCCAAAAGUAGCCAUCAGGUUCUGCGUACAGUGCAAAUGGAAUCUACGAGCCGCAUACUACGCUCAAGAACUUCUGCAAACUUUCUCCGAAACUCUAGGUGAAGUAUCCCUCAUUCCAGUGACAGGAGGCACAUUCACGAUCAAUCUCUACACUGGCGCCAUACCCAGCUCUCUUUCAGAAGAGAAUUCUCUCUCUGCGGAAUCAUCUACCAUCACAGACACCCUAAUCUGGGACAGGAAGCGAGACGGUGGCUUCCCGGAGACGAAAGAGCUAAAGAAUCGUGUUCGGAAUGUAAUAGACCCGAACAGAGACAUGGGACAUGUAGAUCGUGCUUUGAAGAAAGGAGGGCAAGGGAAACCAGAAGAGGAGCAAGAAGUGGUGCGAAAGGGCAGUGCGGAGGCAGAGAAGCAGCAGCAGGGACAUUCUGAGCCAAGUCACGCUGAACAUAAAGCAAGGGAUUCUGCUCCGGCUGAUUGUGAAGAGUGUAUUGAGGCCGCUAAGGAGGAUCAACCUGCUAAUGAGGCUACAUAG